GGAAUUCAAAGAAAACGGAAAUAAAUCAGUUUAAGCAGAGGUUGUUUUUAUUUCAUAAAAGUUAGUUUUUAGUUGGAGGAGCAUUUGGGACAGAACGAGAUUUGUUUUAAGAUGGGAUUUUUUAGAAGCCUCGGUCGCACGUACAUAGCCGUGAUCAACCUCAUCUUCCUGAUACUCAGCCUGGGCCUGUUGAUAGUUGGUAUCGUCAUGCGAGUUGGAGAUAAGGUCACGCAGAAAUUGAUGGACAAGGGCACCACAAAAUUGGAGCAAGCUCUCAUCUCCUCCAACCUACUUGCUGGCGCUAAUAUUGACAUCGACAUGAACGAGUUUCUGAAGUCCGCAGCGAUUGGCGUCAUUGUGGCCGGGGCUAUCCUGAUGGUCAUAUCGAUAGUGGGUCUUGUCAGCGCGCUGUCUAAGAGCGCCUGCUUGUUGAAGUUGUAUAUCUUUAUCUGCAUCGUGCUUCUGAUUGGCGAGAUCAUCAUUGUGAUCUUACUAUACGCCACAUCCGCGAUCCACAAGCAACUGAAAAAAGAGUUAAAAGAUGGUAUCACAAACAAGUACAGCGGCUUUUCUGGAAGUGAUGUCACGACCGUCAUUUGGAAUGUCGUCAUGAUUCAGGGCCAAUGCUGCGGGGUAGACGACUACACAGAUUUCAAGAAUGGCAUGGCGUGGGACAUGACCGAGAAAUCUGGAGGUGUUCCUAAGACAUUGAAAACACCGGUGGCCUGUUGUGUCAACCUGCCGGCUUCUGAUAACCUGGCCUGUGCAGAAACCCUCAGCCAAUCCACCAACAACUAUGACAAUGGUUGUUACGACACCUACUGGAACUGGACGAUUGGUAACAAGGCGUAUGUUGCUGGGGUGCUCUCUGGGGUCGGCAUAUUCCAGCUACUUCUGAUAGCUUCUGGAUUUGGAGUCCUCACAAUGAGAGAUGAGUCCAAAGUCAACCACUCAGAUAGAAGACGUGGCCAGUGGCGAUAGCAGGCGUGACUAGUGGUGAUAGAAGGCGUGACUAGUGGUGAUUACUCAUUUGCUUGUAAAAGAAAGAAGAAACGCAGCUCUUGUUUUGAGGGACUUUUUCUUGUUACAAUUAUUAACAAGCAUAUAUAUUGUUUGUUCAAUUCAUAUUUUUAUAUUAAUUAACAUGCACUAUCAUUACACAUGUUUUAUCGCUCUUUAUCAUAUAUAUAUAUAUAAUUUCACUUUUAAGCCAAACCCCGGAAUACAAGGAAUAUUAUGCUGUAAUAUAAUGUUACAAACAAUGUUCAUUUUCUAACUCUAAGUGCCCAGCCUCAAACAAUCUUAAUUAUUAACACUUAGUUGUCAACGAUUGUCUUUUAAAACAAUAACAUGGUAUGAAUGAAUUUAACAAAUCGUUGUAUGUGUUUGAGAAAGUAAAAACAAAGCAAACAACACUCAAUAGAAAAUCACUCAUUGUAUAGCCAACAGGAGCAAUGCCUACAUGUAAUAAAGAAUUGAUUUGCAUGAAAAUACAACACUAAUAACAAGCAACACCAGAAACCAAAACGAAUCUAUAAAACCGAUGUUCAGUAUAUAUAAAACUAUAAUCCUUUUGGAAAUGGAUUGUGUGGAUUGUAAUGACCAUCAGAGCUGUCUUGAUUAUGUGAUGUUUUAUGAUUGACUAAUGAACAAUGUUAUAAGUGAAAUAUGAUCUUUGAUUUAUUAUGCUCCUCAUUAAAUAUGUUCUCCAACGCGGCAUUGUGUACUCUAGCGUACAGGAAAAUUAGCAUUGCGGGGAAACACAACAUUUUAACAACUCUUCAUGAUGAUACAAACUGGUCGUUGCAUUACAUGAUACUUUACCUACAAAUAAGAUAUAUAGAAAGCAAAGUAUUAAUACCAUUUUCCAUUGUUCAAUUCAUAUCUUUAUUUUUAAAAAAUCUUUCCAAUUAA